AUGGAAAUUACAGAAUUGGACACUACCUUAGAAAGUGAGCCAGGUGCAAGUACGCCGUACGAGAAAUUACCCGAGGCUAUUUGUAGUUUUAAUGUUAUAGACGCUUCAUCUACUGUUAGUACACAAUAUCUUGAAUCGGACUUCUUACCGCAGAAAGUCGAUCACACGUACGGGAAAAAAUGGACCGAUUUUCAGGCUAAAUCCUCUCAAACAAAUAUAGUUUUAAUGGAAGAAAAAGGAGUUCAAAGUAAAUCUGACGGAGCAACUAUGUCUGCUGAUCAAAACUUAAAAACGGACAAUGACGCUUUAUUGUAUACAGGGGUCAAAAAAGAAGUAUUUUUCACGCUGGUGAAAUGUUUUACUCCUUUUAAUACAUUCAGUUUUCAAUUAGAGGUGGCAGAUCAAUUACUCCUUGUGCUUAUGAGACUUAAGUUAAAUUUAAUUUUUGACGAUCUAUGCAGAAGAUUUGGUAUAUCAAGUGGUUUAGCUUGCAAAAUAUUUAAUUCAUGGAUUCCUGUGUUGGCAGAUAAGUUAAAGUCCUUGAUUGUUUGGCUCCCUAGAGAAGUAAUAAGAGACUGUUGUCCCGAAUCAUUUAGGGAAAAUUAUCCCAGAACUACCUGUAUCAUUGACUGUGCUGAAACAUUUAUUCAGAGACCAACAAAUUUAAGGAGUAGGGGUGAAACGUACAGCAAUUACAAGUCCCAUAAUACAGCUAAAUAUUUAGUAGGGAUAUCCCCACAUGGACAAAUUAUGUUCAUAUCCAAAGCUUUUGGUGGUCGUGCUAGUGAUAAAUUUAUUGUAGAAAAAAGUGGAUUCAUGAAUUACUUGCUUCCAGGCGAUGAAAUAAUGGCAGAUCGAGGCUUUACAAUAGAUGACUUAUUGUUUCCAUUGCGUGUUAAGCUGAACAUUCCAGCGUUCACAAAAAACAAACCCCAGUUAAGUGCGGAAGAUGUGACAACCACAAGAAGGAUUGCCGGAGUACGGAUACAUGUUGAAAGGGUAAUUCGACGAUUGAAGGUCUUCAAAAUUCUAAGUGGGACUGUGCCUGUAUCAUCCUUAAAACUGUUUGAUGACAUUUUGCUUGUAUGCUCUGCUUUGGUUAAUUUACGGUCAGAUCUGAUCAGAGAUACUAAUGAAAGUAAUGAGUGAAAUUAGUUUGGUAUUUUUUACCAGUUGGAAUAUACAUUGUACAUGUACAUGUACAUGAUGUAUAUUUAAGGCAUUUGGAUAAUGUAAUUGAUAUGAAUGUUCAUUGCAUUAUGAUUGUAUUAUGUUGUUUGUUUAGCGUCCAGUGGCAAAUAGUUUAUGCAUA